ACCAUCUAAUUGGGACGAAAAACAACACUUUGUCUUCAAGUAUCCAUCACCAUGCGUUCCCUUGCUCUGCUAUCCCUCUGCUUCUCGGCUAUCGUAGCUGUCUCCAGCAAUCCCCAGAGGAUUUUGGGUGGUUCAGUAACUACUGUUGAUAGUUACCCCACUCUCGCCGCUGUGCUAUACUCAUGGAACUUGAGCACUUUCUGGCAGGCUUGCGGAGGUGCCAUCCUCAACAACAGGGCUAUCCUCACCGCUGCUCACUGCACCAUUUACUACCCGAAUGAGAGAUGGCGUAUCCGUGUUGGCUCCACCUGGGCCAACAGUGGCGGAGUCGUACACAACUUGGCCGCCAACAUCAUCCACCCCUCAUACAACUAUACGAACAAUGACAAUGACAUCGCAAUUCUGCGCUCCGCCACCACCUUCUCAUUCAACAAUAAUAUUCGCGCUGCUUCCAUCGCUGGACCCAACUACAACCUCGCUGACAACCAGGCUGUCUUCGUUGCUGGAUGGGGCACAACUUCUGACGGUGGAUAUUCCUCUGAGCAGCUACGUCACGUUCAGCUCGUGACCGUCAACCAGAACACUUGCAGAAACAACUACGCGGCUAGCAUUCGUCGCUUUGCUAUAACCGACAACAUGUUGUGUUCGGGCUGGCCCAGCGGUGGUCGUGGCCAGUGCUUGGGAGACGAGGGUGCUCCUCUCUACCACAACGGCAUCGUUGUUGGUGUCUACUCUUUCGGCAUUGGAUGCGGUCAGGCUCAGUACCCCGCUGUCAAUGCUCGCGUAUCUCGCUACACCGCUUGGAUUCAAUCUAACGCGUAAUAAGGGCCUACUAUCUGAUUCAUGACAGUGAUAAGCAACUCAGUUAUUGACAAGUACAAUAAAUUAUUAUAUAACUAAAA